AAGAUGAGAAAUCCGUUGCUCCUACUCGCGGUGACGAGUUGUGUGUACACCCAAGUGCCGGACUCUUCAAAUACCUACGGACAGACGUAUUCACAGCAACCGUAUCAAUCGGAGAGUACACAGAAUUCAACAUACCGGAAUAGCUUGCAAAUACCCUACGGUAGCUUUCCCGUCGGUGUAGGGGACUACAACCAACAACCACAGAGCCCUUUCUACGGCGAAGCUUACGGCGAACGCUACAACUCUGACAACUACGGAGAGAAUGACGUCGACGACCCCCAAAACACUGCUAGUUACUAUGCCAAUCUAGACUACGAGGAACGCUACAGGUGCCCGCCCAAUUGGGUACGUUACAGGGAAUCGUGUUACCGCUUCACCAAGUCGCCGAACCGACCCAGGAAUGAAGCGCGUAAAAUAUGUCAAGCUUAUGAAGCUGAUUUAGUUGCUGUAACUAAUCCUGAAGAACAUGGUUUCAUCAUAAAUACUUUGAUGCUGUUAGAUCCCCAAAAGGGAUCAUGGUACGUUGGAGCUCACCAGCAAACACCAGGAUACUGGGCUAAUGAUGUAGACGGCUCGCAGUUAUCAGGUUUGGAAAAUGCAUUCUUUGAAGAUCGGACAUUAACAUACAACAGUUAUAACUUGCUACCCCGAGACUACUUGGUGUAUAAAUUCUCACAAAAAGAGGGACGUUGGGGCCUGGCACCUGUAGAAGGUACUCAGUAUUACCAUUUUAUAUGUGAAGGACAAAUACAGAGGCUAAGGUAUCUCAUCGAAGAAGAGCGUUCCUUUACAUAUGGCCUUGAAACUUAUGAUCCAGAACGGAUCCCAAGAGGUCCGUAUUUCAUAAAGGAGCCAGUUGAUACAAUUUAUGAUCCAUUGAGAAACCAGCACGUGCAGAUCACAUGUACUGCUGGAGGUUACCCUGCCCCAGUUUACAAGUGGUACAGAGAGGACUAUCAAGUGGAUAGUCCUGUUUACACUGAAAUUAAUCCUCUAGCAGACGAAAGAUUUAUAAUAAGUGGAGGUACUCUAAUGAUCUACAAUCCUGAUGCAGAUAAGGACAAUGCACAGUACCACUGCACAGCUACAAAUAAGUUUGGUACCAUAAGAUCAGAAUCAGUCAGAUUAUCAUUUGGUUUCAUCAGAGAAUUCAAUCAAAAACGGCCAAAUGAAAAUGGUAAUCAAUACUGGGGCAAAGCCAUCAAUUGUGAUGCGCCAUCAUACUACCCAGGUGUAAAUUUCCUCUGGGCUCGAAAUUAUUUCCCCAAUCUUGUUGAAGAGGACAAACGUGUCUUUGUUUCAUACGAUGGAGGUCUAUACUUUUCAGCUUUAGAGACUAUUGAUAGAGGGAAUUAUAGUUGUAAUGUAAUGAGCAAAGUUUCUGAUGCUGGUAGGAAUGGACCUUUCUUCCCAUUGUCUGUUUAUUCACAUUCUGAUUAUCAGCAGCUUAAAUUCCCAAAUAAUUUUCCAAAAUUAUUCCCUGAAGCUCCUAUUGUGGGGCAGGAAGUUAGACUGGAAUGUGUUUCAUUUGGGUAUCCUGUGCCUUCUUAUAAUUGGACUAGAGUUAAUGGCAACAUUCCAAAGAAAGCUCAUUUAAGCAAUUUUGAUCGUGUUUUGACUAUACCCAAUGUAGGAGUUGAAGAUGAAGGUGAGUAUACCUGCUAUGUUCGUAAUGAUAGAGCAAAUAUACAUAACAGUGUGUUUCUUAAAGUACAGGCUGAGCCCAAUUUCACAAUCCCCUUGUCUAACAAACAUGUAGACAAUAAAAGGGAACUACACUGGAACUGUGAAGCCUUUGGUAUACCUGACGUUAAUUACACAUGGUGGAAGAAUGGUCAGAGAUUACAUAUGGAGACUUUAGAGCCUGAAGACAGGGACCGUUAUGUAAUUCAAGACAAUGUGUUGAUAAUAAAGUAUUUGGACUCCGUAAGGGAUCCUGGUAUGUACCAAUGUGAAGCUAAAAAUCAGUUGAAGGCGAGAUAUUCUACAGGUCAAUUGCGAGUUCUAUCUCUGAAACCAUCGUUUAAAAAAAGACCACUGGAAUCCGAGACAUAUGGUUCUGAAGGAGGUAACGUUACACUGAGAUGUAAUCCUGAAGCAGCACCAAAACCAACAUUCACUUGGAAGAAGGAUGGUGUAGUCAUUGGAGCAGGAGGUAAAAGAUUCAUAGCUGAAAGUGGAAACCUCGUAAUACGGCAGCUCUCCAGAGACGACGAGGGCGUUUACACUUGUGUAGCUAAGAACCAAUAUGGUUCAGAUGAAAGUCGUGGUCGCCUAAUUAUUUUACGCACGCCACGAUUCCUUGAACGCCUUCCUCCUCGUAUUACGACUCAAGUUGGUAACACUGUAUUCCUACAUUGCAAUGCUGAAAUAGAUCCCCUUUUGGAUACGGCUUAUCUAUGGAAUCAUAAUGGAAUUCGGAUUAAAGAUGCUUCAGACUUUUAUGCUGAUAAGAGAAUUAAAAUCGACGGCGGAGAAUUAACUAUCUACAAUGUAAGUCUUUCUGAUGUUGGAGAUUACGAAUGUAUAGUUAAAUCAGCAAUCGGUCGAGUCUCUUCACAUACUCAGUUGCGCAUAGAAGGUCCACCUGGUCCUCCCGGUGGGCUACAAAUUUUGAACAUUCAGCGUUCUUCAGUGACUCUGGAAUGGACUGAUAGCAAUCCAAAUGGCCGGCCUAUUACAAGCUACGUGGUUACAGGACGUACGAACUGGAACUCCACUUGGGUAGUUGUAAAUGACAAUGUUGUGAAUGUGAUUGAAGUCGACAGAUACAAUGGAAGGAAACGUGUUAUUUUGAAUUCGGCUCUUAUGCCUUAUUCAGUUUACGAAUUUCGAGUUCAAGCUGUAAAUCUUUUGGGCAUUGGAAAGCCCUCAGCACCCAGUCCACAGUUCUCUACUCCACCUGACAAGCCACACCAAGCACCAACUAAUAUUGGCGGAGGAGGUGGGAAGAUCGGUGACCUCACUAUUACUUGGACUCCAUUACCACCGUCUCUACAGAAUGGGCCUGGUGUCCACUAUAAAAUUUUUUGGCGACGCAAUGGUACAGAGGUGGAAUUCCAGUCACUUCUUCUCAAAGAAUAUGGCAAUAUUGGCAUGCAUGUUGUACAUAUAUCGUUGGACUAUUUCUUUACGCCUUAUAACGUGAAAGUACAGGCAUUUAACGAUAUGGGUGCUGGACCUGAAAGUGAAAUAGUAACGAUAUACUCUGCCGAAGACAUGCCUCAAGUAGCACCUCAACUAGUGUACGCGAUGUCUUAUAACUCGACUGCAUUGAAUGUGACUUGGAAUCCAAUCGAUCAGUCGCGCGACCGACUACGUGGCAAGCUGAUUGGACACCGUCUAAAGUAUUGGAAGCAGAACAACAAAGAAGAAGAAUGUAUAUACUAUCUAUCCAGAACAACGCGCAAUUGGGCACUCAUCGUUGGUUUGCAGCCAGACACUUAUUAUUUCGUUAAGGUGAUGGCAUUCAACUCGGCAGGCGAAGGGCCGGAAAGUGAGCGUUACCUAGAACGUACCUUCCGCAAGGCCCCGCAAAAGCCGCCAGCUUCCGUCAAUGUAUGGGCUGUCAACCCGAGUACUGUAAGAGUAGUUUGGCGAUACGUGCAGCCGACCGAUGAAGAGGAGCCUUUACUGGGCUAUAAGGUGCGAGUAUGGGAAAUCGAUCAAGACAUGAGCACUGCUAACGACACUCUAGUUCCAGUGGAACACAAACUGGAAGCUUACGUAACGAAUUUAACACCAGGCAAGUCAUACAACUUGCGAGUGCUUGCAUAUUCAAAUGGAGGAGAUGGAAGGAUGUCCUCUCCGCCAAUCACUUUCCAAAUGGGAGAUUACCACAGUGAUGCAUAUGGGUACUAUGUUAAGAAAAGUACCGCCACGCACAGAAUAGAUUUAGGCCUCUUCUUUUUAUCACUUUUACUCUCUAAAACGUGGUUUUUCUCUUGAUGUCUUUUUUAUAUUAGUCUGUAGCUCUAUAGUGAUAUUGUUAUUGUAAGCAGCUAUUUGAUACGUGACCAAUAUUUUUAUAAGAUUAUGAAUCUGCUCGUUUAUAAGGAAUAAACAUUCCGCCCGCUUUUGUUACGUAUGCAGCUUUUUGAUAUUAGGUUGUGAUAUUUCAUCCGGCCAUUUUUUCGCGACUGUCGAGAUGUGUAUUUAUUUCUUUUUUAUUUUUAUUUAGGUACUAAUUAUAAUAUGUUAGGUAUAUCUAGCAUUUAUUUACCGAGAAAGAUAAUUUUUUACUUGUUAUUAACUCCAUUAGCCUGUAGGUAAAAUUAGUUUCUUACCGACACGAAAAUCAACUUCUUAUAUAAUUGCUUUAAAUUGUUUUAUUAUUGGUUUAUUUCUGUUUAGAUAUUUUACUAUUAUUACAUUACGUCAAACUCAAUUGACAAUAAUUAUUUAAUGUAAGUUGAUGAUAUUCACAUGCUACAGAAUCUCACCAUCUUUUAAUUAGUCCAUAUCAUUAGUAAUCUUAGUUUAUAAGCGAAGGUUAUUUGUAGAUAUUCCUAUUCAGCUUCAUACUAGCAAUCCGAGCCAUUUAUACGAUCGAACUUAUCUAUUGAUAGGUUUAAUAUUUGUUUAAACCUGUGGAUUUCACAAAUUCAUGUGAUAGUACAAAUGGAAGAGUGAUCUUGACUUGAAUCCAGUUUUAUGUAAAUGAGAAGAUGCCUUAUAAUUAUAAAUGUUAAAAAAACGUAAUGUUUUAAUAAAUAGACCCAC